AUGCCUAGUUUUUCACUUGGACUUGGUCUUGGUCUAACACAAGAGUUUCAGGAAGGAGAUGAAAGCAGUGAAGAUGAACACAUGAAGAAAGAAAUAAAAGAUGAAAAACUUGAUGAAGGAGAAAGUUAUGAUUCAAAAGAAACAGAAUAUCCAGAUGAAGUAAAAGUAUCAGAUAGAAUCUUUUCCAGAAUUGGUAAUAGCAGUGAGAAGAUAUUUCAGACUAAGAGAGUUUAUGUGCUUAGAAGAGGAAUGAUUGAAACAAUGCAGCCAGGAUUAUGGGUACAUCCACAUGUCAUUGAUGCUUGGACUAAUAUUUUGAACUAUGAAGAAAAGCUUAAACCAAAUUCUACAGUGAAUCGGUAUUUCUUUGAUACAUCAAUGGUGAGACAGUUCACAUUUGACAAAAAUAUCCCUUUCAAUGAAAGAUUUGAUAAAUUUGAGUGA